CACCGUGUAUCUGCAUCCCGUCAUGCACUAGCUUGCCACGAAUUCACAUUUUUCGCCGGCAGUUGUAAAUUUCAAAGGUUUUGUACAAAAAUCAUGGGAGGUUCUCAUAGCGCUGAAGUUCCAGGCGGAGGAACGGAAGGCUACCACGUUCUGCGAGUGCAAGAUAACUCACCAGGUCAUGCUGCUGGACUUGAAGCUUUCUUUGAUUUUAUUGUUGCUAUUGGUAACACCAGACUGAAUCAGGACAAUGAUACGCUGAAAGAAUUGUUGAAAACAAACUUGGAGAAACCAGUCCAGAUGACUGUGUACAGUUCAAAAACACAGUCUGUGAGAGAGGUGUUUAUUACACCUAGUCAUAACUGGGGUGGACAGGGAUUACUUGGAGUCAGCAUCAGAUUCUGUUCAUUUGAAGGAGCAAAUGAAAAUGUGUGGCAUGUCUUGGAAGUGCAGCCAAAUUCUCCAGCAGAUUUAGCUGGUCUAAGAUCAAACACAGAUUACAUUAUAGGAGCCGACUCUGUUUUACAUGAGUCAGAAGAUCUGUUCACAUUAAUUGAGUCACAUGAAGGAAAACCUCUGAAGUUAUACGUGUAUAACAGUGAAUCAGAUUCCUGUAGAGAAGUUACAAUUACACCAAAUUCAUCAUGGGGCGGUGAAGGCAGCUUGGGAUGUGGAAUCGGAUAUGGAUAUCUUCACAGAAUACCAAAAUGUCAGUUUCCUUCCUCACACUCGGUUCAGCUUCCUCCACAUGUCCAUGCACAAACUUCAGCUGCUAAAAUGCCACUUACAAAUGUAUCUAUGGCUAAUUCUGCAGCUGGGGCUACACAAGGAAUUGCUAAUCUCUCUUUAAAUACAGGAACACCAACUAUUCCAGUGAUUCCACAGUCGACAGGAGGUCAGGGGUUACCUGGUAUGGGUGGUUUACCGUCACAACCGGCACCUUUACCAAAUUUCUCACAAUCUCCUUUAGGUGGCGCAGGAGCGCCUCCACAGUCAACAUUACCAAAUUUAGGAACAAUUCCUGGGCCGUUGCCACCCUUACAAGCUCCAAUAUCAAUACCUGGGAUGCCACCAAUCUCAUUGCCUCCUUUUAAUCCAGGUACGACAGCUCCGUUACCUGCUGGCUUUACUUUACCAAUGAAUUUAGCUGGACCAACAUCUUUACCAACUUUCCCCACAGGUGAACCGGCUCUUUCAGGUCCAAUGACAACUACUCAAGUGCCUGGUCAGUCUGUGGGUGCAGCUGCUCCUACGACAGUGACCCAAGGAACACCACUCCAAAACACUGCAAUGCAAGGGACAUCAUUCCCAGUAAAUUCCAUUCAAGGGACAUCACCAUUAACAAAUGAUAGCCAAGGGGCGCAACUGCAGAAUGCCUCACAGGCAGGGGAGAACACUGAAGCAAAGCCUGUUCAAAGUGAAGAUGCUGCAGCGUCUUAACAGUUUUGAAAACAAAAAACGCUUUAGGAUGUAAUAUAAUUAUAAAAUGAAAUAAAUUAUUAAUAUUUGACAGAAAACUGUUACACAGUGACAUAGUUUUCGUCGUGGGAUUCUUUCAUUUGAGAUUGACAAAAAACAAGAUGUAAAAAAGAAAAAAGGGUAUAUAAACACGAGAGAUUUGACAAGUGAAUUAAUGGUAUGGACAGACUCCAAAUGUUGCUAUAUAUACAAAGAUCGCAAUGCAGAGUGUUAUGGAGCAGAAUUGACAUACAUAAGCAUCGUACUGUUACUCUAGAUUAUUGUGAUAAUUUUUUUAUGAAUAUUUGAUGCAUUUAAAGCUAUGAUCAGUAGUGUCAGUGUUGUUCUAAUUGUGUAUUAUUUUUGGGGGAAUUUGUGUAACAUUCUACAAGCAAUGGAAAUAGAUCAUGUUGGAUAUGCAUUAGGUUUUUUGUUUCACUUCAAGACCAGAAUGAUUUCACAUGUGACUGCCUAAUUUUCAGUUUUUAAAGUUUAAAGUGUCUAAAUGUUUUACACCAACUGUACAUAGGUGGUUUGCAGAAGGUUGAUGGUUAAGCCCAGGUCCUCUCUUGUACCUGAAGUAAUGUCUGGAGGGAGACCUAGGGUUUGUCUCCACCAUUAAAACUGUAAAGUUGCAUCUAUGUUUUGUAGGUGCGAUAAUCUGUAAAAGCAGAAAUGUUCGCGAGGGUUUAAUUUUCGCUAUAAUCAAGAAACCCUACAUCUCGCAAAAGUUAAUCUUUGCGUAAAUAUUCACCUUCAGUAUAAUUCAAGUAGUGACCAGUUUUACCAUCUCGCGGACAUACUCAAAAUUUCAAAUUCGCAAAAUUUUGACCCAGCGAAAAUAUGUGCUUUUACAGUAACAUUCAGCAAGCAAAGAGAUUAGUUGUCAAAACCAUGUCAGCAGUGCGAACUCAAUAUGACAUUUAACUUAAUAAAGGAGAUUUCAAUACAAACAGUGAAGAUGUUGGGAGUCCUGAUCAAUUAUAUUGUUAUUUCAUGUAUGACGAAGGGGUUACAAUUGUUGCCUCCAAAUUACUUGCCCUUCAUCUUUAGUUUACACUACUACUUGUGUAAUAAUGUAAGUAAACCAUCAUGGCUUGAGGAAGUUGGUGGUUUGUCUCAGAUGCAGAAGUGCCAGAAAAAAAUGCCCUAAGAGGCACCUUAAGUGUUCUAUCAAUGCUGCAGCUGUAAAGUUGCUAUAUAACUUCAGUUGUGUUGGUGUAACCUUAAACACUCUUGUGCGGGAACGUUAUCAGAUACUUGCUGGUUACACUAUAAAGUAACAGGGAAUAACCCAUGGAACACUGGUAGAUUCAUAUAUACAUUUAUAGAAAAUGAAAAAUAUUUAUAGCGACUCUUAUAACAUAUUUCAGGUGAAAUGGAUUCACUCUCAAAAAUGUGACUGACCUGUGGUACAAACUUACUGGCAUACAUGUAUGAAUUCUGCAAAAUAUCCCGAUGAACAAUUAGUUACAAAAAUAUUGUUCAGAUUGGAAUAAAUUGUUGUAGCACUUUUAAAAUAAUUGAGAACAUCAACAUUCUUGCUUUUUUACCAAUAUCAAACACUUAUUUUCACUUCUUUAUCAUUUUUCAGUGUCAUUUAUACAUUCUUUGCCAAACUGUUUUGUUCUUAUUGUAGAAUCUCUAUUCAGAAGUUUGUGAAGCAAAGUAGUCUAUAAAACAGAAAAAGCAAAUAUAUUGUAAUUUUCAUGAAUUAUCAGUUUUUUCUCUUGACAAGCAAAAUUCUAUCUUCUUUUAAAAAAGCAAUGACAAGUAUUUCUGAUAUAUAUAUUAACCUGUAACCUGUUAAAUUUCAAUAAUGAACUUGUCCAUCUUCCAGUUUGGACAGUACCAUUAAUGUUAAAAGGGAUGCUUACCAAAAAGAUAAUGACUGCAUAGCAAACAGUGCAGAUCAUGAUCAGACAUGCACGGAUGUGCUGACUGAUCUUGAUCCACUCUGGUUGCAAAGGCAAAAUCGGUUAUGUCCAGCAUGGUAUGAGUUAAGUACAAGAGAAAGAUGUCAAAUAAAUCUGCAGGGAGAGGUGGUCUUAAGCUGACAAAAUCUUGGCAGCUCAACACUGGUGGUCCAUUUAAUUUGAAAUCCUACUUGGUUCACAAUUACACCAGUUAUGCAACAGAAACUGUGAUUUUCAGAAGUGAUUGAAAUUUGAUGAAAACUAUUAUUGAUAAAUCUGCUGUUCUUUCUUGAAUGAGCUGCAGUAACUUUGUUGAUACAUGUACUUGAAAUAAAGUAGACUUAAAAGUUUUUCUUUGCAUGGAAGGCUUGUUAUUGUGUGUGACACUUGUAAAAAGAAAAUAUAUUGUUGGUUUUAUUAAGACACAACAUCACUGGGUAUCUUUUUGUUACAUAUAUCAUGUUUUGGUUGUAUUUCUUAGUGUUCAGUUACAUUAAGUAUAUUUCUUAUACUGUUAACUACGAGUGCUCUUGAGGGCAAUAUUUUUACGAUUAUUUAUCCAUUUUGACCUGUUGGAGACUAUUAAUAUAUGCAUUUCGACAGUGGUAGUAAUAAGGCAUUGGAAUGAAUUGUUUGGACGAUACAAGUUUGCCAAUAUGCUGACCUCAAGAAUUUCGCAACCUUUAAAGCCGGAAAGAAUUUCUGGUUUUAUUGUUAUUGCUUUAGUAAAAUAUACUGUCCUCUUACCAUGUGUACCAUAAUGUUUAAAUAACUUUUUUAUGACUGGUUCAUAUUUUCCGAGAGUUUGUGCAAUAUAGUAAGUUUAAAACAACUCGAGCUUGAAUGUCUCAUUAAAUCUUGUUGAAUUUCACAAUGUUUUGAAGAAUUCAAAUCUUUCUUUUGACAAGAAACUGUAAAUAUUCUCUCACUCUCUGUUUUUCUUGCAAGUUUUUCUUUAAAAAAGUUCACUGUUAGUAUGAUACAUGUUUGUUAACAGUUUGUCAUACAGUUUUAUACAUAUCUUGACAUUUUUACCUGUCAUAUGGAGUACUCUCGUAUUGCUUUAUCUUAAUUCUGUGGUGUAAAAACUCCUGUUUUGUAAUCAAGAUUUCAUCAUUCCAUUGGCAGCAACUGUAUAUCUGUUCAUCUUUAACAUUUGCAUAUUCGAAUAAGACAUAAUAAUUUCCUUGUUAACAGUGAAUAGUAUAGAAUAUCUGUAAAUUAUAGUGGCUUAUGAAUACACCCUGAUGUUUGUGAAGCUUAAAUUGAUAGAAAAGCUUUAAAUUAACAGUGGAACAACAGUUACAGUGUUUCAUUACCUUAUGCAUCAUUACCUUAUGCAAGUGUAAGCUGUUUAGAAGUUGUAUAUUAACAUCAAAAUUUAUUUGUGAAACCAAAAUUUGUAAGCCUGUUUGGCGCCAUAUAACUUAUACUGUGUUGGUGUGCCCUAAAACCCAAAUUGGGGCAUCUGCGGCUAAGUGGUUAAGGUCACUGAUUUCAAAUCACUUGCCCCUAAUCAAUGUGAGCUUGAGCCUCACUCGGGAGUUGAAUUCUUCAUGUGUGGAAGCUAUCCAGCUGGUUUACAGAAUGUCGGUGGUUCUACCCAGGUGCCUGUUUGUGAUGAAAUAAUGCACAGAGGGGCACCUGUGGUCUUCCUCCACCAUCAAAGCUGGAAAGCUGCCAUAUGACUUAAAAUCGUGUCAGUGCGACGUUAAAACCAACAAAAUAAAACCCAAAUCAAUUCCGUCAAUUAGUUUACAUACAUUAAACAUUUUCUCACCUUGUGUCAGCAGAAUUGGUUCGAAUAAAGUCUGUUCUUUAAGACAGCAAAGAAGUAAGCUUUUUUAAGGUAUUAUGAAAAUUCGAUGAUAUGUAAAAUUCUAGAAAUGAUUACUUGUGGAAGUUGGUUUUUUUGAAUCUCCUGUUAUGAUUAACCCUUCCUGUACAAGAAAGUUGAUCAAUUGAUGUACAGCACUACACAUAAUUUUAGCCUCUUCACUUCAGUUACAAUGUAAAUUGAAACAUUUGACAUGUUCUUAGAGAAAAAAAAUCAACAUUUUAACAGUAAACAUUCAUUUCACCUAAAUACAAUUACUGUGUUCAUAUAUUAUAUAGUCUUCUCAUAUACUGGUUUAAACAUCGCGACAGUCUUGUAUAGUCAGUUCUAAUUAAAUACUGCAAUUUUUUAAGAGAUAGCACAUGUAUUGCUAUUGUAUAUUACUGUUAACAACUUUUGAUACUAGUGGGAUGUGUAAUAUUUCCAUAAGCAAAGAGAAGAGCUUUGUUAAAGAAAACAGAUUGUUCCUAUAAAUGUUCAGUUAGUGACCAAUUGAUGAAAUUGAAAUUGACCUAUUGAACUAUGUUCAGUUUCUAGAUAAAACAAAAUUGUAUUUUCGUUCCAGUUUUAAAAAAGAAACAACAAAAAACACUAUUUUAUGACAUUUUGUUAGAAUUUGCAGUGUUGUCUUGUGUGGAAGUAACAAAAAAUUUCACUCUGAAAAUUUACAGUUUGCUUUAUUGAACAUGUUAUUUCUAAUAACCAUCUGUGCAGCUUUCAGUUGUGAGUAUUUGUUAUCUUCAAAUGAAUAAAAUAUUUGAAAUG